AUGCCAUUCGGACAGCUCGUUUUGGGUCCACCAGGAUCGGGGAAAUCCACUUAUUGCCAUGGAAUGUACCAGUUUCUGUGUGCCAUUGGCCGAAAGCCGUCAGUAGUCAAUCUGGAUCCUGCUAACGACAAAACCGUCUAUCCAUGUUCUCUGGAUAUAAGGGAUUUCAUAAGACUAGAAGAUAUCAUGGAGAGUGAGAGUUUGGGUCCAAAUGGAGGUUUGAUGUAUGCAUUAGAGGAGAUGGAGAACUCAUUGGAUGAGUUUGUUAAUCAAGUCAAGUCCAUUGGUGAUAGAGAGUACGUGAUAUUCGACUGUCCUGGUCAGGUGGAACUGUAUACGCACCACAAUGCUAUGAAGACCAUUUUCAAAACAUUAGAGAAACAACUGGAUUUUCGGCUGGUAGUCGUCCAUCUUGUUGACUCGUACUAUAUCACCUCGCCAAGUCAGUAUAUUUCCAUCUUGCUUCUUUCAUUGCGAAGUAUGUUACAGAUCGAUCUACCUCAUAUUAAUGUGCUGAGUAAGAUUGAUCUUAUCAAGAACUACGGUGAGCUGCCGUUUAAUCUUGAUUACUACACUGAAGUACAGGAUUUGUCGUAUAUGUUCCCGUUAGUGGAGAAAGAGAGUCCGUCGUUAUUGGGCCAGAAGUACGCUAAACUUACUGAGGCCAUUGCAGACGUGGUGGAAGAUUUCGGUUUAGUAGCAUUUGAAGUGUUGGCUGUCGAGGAUAAGCAAUCCAUGAUAUCUCUACUGUCAGUUAUCGACAAGGCUACAGGCUACCUAUUCGGAUCCACUGAGAUUGGUGGAGACGCUGUAUGGGUCGAAGCUACGAGGCAAGGUGGAUACUUGUCAGCAGCAGUCGAUAUUCAGGAGAGAUGGAUCGAUUAUAAAGACGAGUAUGAAAAAGCUGCUGGCAAACACGACCACGACGGCGAGUUCCAAGACAGCGAGGGGUACGGGCCAGACGCUGCUGAUGCUGCUGAUGCUGAUACCAGUCAGACCAACGAAGAAAGAGAGUGGCAAGAGGCCAUGGAGCAGUGGGAGAGAGAGCACGGAAAGAAGGCCACUAAGUAG